ACUUUGCUUGUUAUUUUUUCUCCCAACUUUUAAUACAAAUACAAAUUCACACUUUAAUGUCACUAGAUUCCGCAGGUCUUGCCGAGAGAGAAGCCAGGCGCAAGGCGCGAUAUCGCGGAAACCCAGAGCGCGCGCGUUUCCGCCGAGAGGAAAGGUUUAACUUGAACAUCACCGAACGCCACCACUUCGCCAGUGCCCAGCCAGCGCCUUCCUCUUUAGAACAUGGCAUACACAGCAUGGAUAUCGUCCAAUCCCCACUUGAAGGCACUGGCUCCGAGCUCAAUUCGUUUAGCGCACUUACUGACACACCAGAAUCAUUGCAUGAGCCAGAGACCCUCUCGGACCUCGAAAGCGAACCUGUGUCAGAUAUAUUCGAUAGACAGAAACCUACCGAGCACGCGCUGGGCUCAUCCAAAAAACCUCCCGGCGCGAAGACCAGGCGGCAGUCGCGUGAGAAUAUCGAUAUUAGCAGCAUUGACCACGUACUGCAGGGGUUGUCGAAAAGAAUGACCAGGUCCAUGGCUAGAGAGGUUGGUGGCGUCCAGCCGCCGCGCAGGUACUUUGGCGAAGGUGUGUCGACGUCACAGAUUCUGCGGCCAUAUCAAGCGCCCUAAUUUAAAAUAAAGAAUCAAUUAAAUCAAUUAUAUCAGAAUCGA